AUGCCCUCGAUCAUCCAACAAAGUUUUAGUGUGAGUUUACGAGCGAUGCGCUUCUUUUUUUUGUACCCUCCAGACAAACAUAAAACUUUGUAUCGUAUAUGUACACAUGUUAUGUAUUUUGUGUUCAUAGUACCGUUUCCUAGUCUGCAGUUUCUUAAUUUAGUUCUCCAAGAAAAUCUUGAUUUUAGCCAAAUCGCCGACAACGUUUUUCUGUUGGCUGAAAUAAUGUGCUUUUUGCCGAAAUUGUAUCCUUUUCUGGGCAACAGCGAACGCAUUAAAAAGUGCAUACAUUACUUCGAUGGUGCGUUUUUCGAAGUUGUGCGAACCGAGCACGAGGAGAUUCUCAAACAGUGUAUGAAGAUGUGUCGAGGUACCGCAAUUCUUUUUUUAGUGGCGGUGACCGGGGCGUAUAUUAGCUGGUCCACUAGACCCAUUUCGUGGAAAAAUCACAUCUUUCCGGUGGAUUUGUGGAUGCCUUAUGAUGUAAAAACCGCCCCAGUGACAUAUAUUGUUGGUACAUAUUUGUAUAUUUUGGCAGCGGCGGCUUAUGGUGCCUACACUAGUGGUGUAAUAGACCCGUUGAUAGCAGGACUUGCAUAUCAAGCUACCUCUCAAAUAAAAAUUCUGAAGCACAAGUUACAAUUUCUGAGUGAACAUAUCAUAGACGAAGUUGGAAAAAACACGAAAUUGGAUGCUAAAGGACUAAACAAAUUGAUGUUUGUUACAGAAUACGAACACUGUUUUUCUCAAAUGGCCUUUAGCCAGUUUGUAGCAGCCAUUAUUGUAAUUUGUGUUUCCUGUUUGCAGUUAACUUUGGUGGACCUUUUGAGUCUGGAUUGUUUAGCGAUGGUAAUGUACCUUAUCACUAUGCUGAGCGAAAUCUAUUUGUAUUGUUAUUUUGGCACCCUAUUAUAUGAAGAAAGUAAUACCAUUACGGAUGCCAUUUAUUUGGGUAAAUGGUACGAAUAUGACGUAAAAUGUCGCAAAGCUUUAAUUCUUCUAAUGGAACGAGCCAAAAAACCCAUGCUUGUUAAAUGUGGACACAAAAUUGUUGACAUGUCGUUGGAUACUUUCUCAAUGGCGGUUAUCAUCGUUAUCCUGAUUAAUUCAUCGGGGCAUGCCUCACAACGCCACAGAUUGAUUAAUUCAUCAGGGCAUGCCAUCACAACGCUACAGAUUGAUUAG